GUCGAAGUCGACGAAUCGAUUGUUGUCGAUUACAAUUCUAAUUCUAACCUAGUGCUGUAUAAAUUAUAACCUAGUACACAUAUGUAGGUAGAAUAAUAAUUUGUUGCAGAGACUCGAAAAAAAGAGAAUGGUACUUUUUAAUGUGAUGCACGGUACUCUUCGAUCUCUUGGGCGUUCAACGAAAUACGAAUCGAUUAAAACAACCGCCAAUGUAACGUUGAAUCUAACCCGAACGCGAAUGAAAUGGGCUAGCCGUACACCGGUCGCAAUUGUUAACGAAGAUGAACUUUACGAUAACGAAGACACUACCAAAAAAAGCUAUACCGCAAGUAAGAGGAUAAAAAGUACAUCGAAAAAAAAGCGUGGGGAAAUUUCAACGGUUGAGAACAAAAAACGUGUCACCGUGUUCGAAUAUAAUGAUCCAACCAUAACAUCCUUAAUGACCAAAAUUAGAUCACGGAAGAGAAGGGAAAAGAACGAUAAAAUAAUUUUGGAAGGGUACAGAUUGAUCAAGGACGCGCUCGAAGCUGGUGCACAAUUGGAAAUUAUUCUCUUCAACAAUCAAUUCGAUAUCGAUAAAUUAAAUCGUAUUAUCCCUGACGAUGCGCAACUUUAUAAAGUUCCGUAUAAAACUAUUCAAUUAUGGUCUACUUUAACCAGCCCACCCGGAGUGAUGGGAAUUUUUAAGACUCCCAAUGUAGAGAACAACGUUACUAACAGCGACUUGUUACCCCUUACUAUUAUUUGCGACAACGUGAGGGAUCCGGGAAACAUGGGAUCGAUUAUGAGAGCAGCGGCAGGCGUAGGUUGUGAAAAAUUAAUUUUAGUAAAAGGUUGCGUGGAUCUGUGGGAACCAAAAGUCCUAAGGACUGCGAGUGGUGCUCACUUCCGACUGCCUAUUCAUGCGUUUCCAUCGUGGGACGAGGUUCUGCCGUUGAUAAACGAAAGCUCGAACAUUUUUGUGGCCGACAGUAACUUCGGCGACGAGUUUGUACCAAAGUAUAGCACCGAUAUGCUUCAACCCAGCAGUGGAAUAUUCGACGUCGAUCCAAAAGAACUCAAAUUAAGCACGGCUAACCACGACGACGAUGCGAAUAAAAGCAUCGUAUCGGAGUCGAACGAAGCAGCCAAUAAAAAAACAAUGAGAGACCUUUUGUUGAAACUACCUAUCGUACCGUACUAUUCUAUGGAUUAUACGAAACAAGAAAUUGUGCUCGUCCUAAGCGGAGAAACCCAAGGUUUGUCUCUCGACUCGUACAAGUUGUUGAACGAUAGGAAAGCUAUUCGUAUCAACAUACCUUUGGUAAACGGAGUCGACAGUUUAAACACCGGAGUUGCCCUUGGCAUCGUUACAUUCGAAAUGAAGAGACAAUUUAUAAAAAAACAAGCUGAACUGUAAUAAAAUGUUUCAUCUUUCCACGAACGCGGUAUUGGACUACCGGACUAUAUUCGAUUUUCGUACUGUACGGAUAAAACACUGUACACCGAGCUCGCGUAAUAUACCUUACCCGUUGCUUUCACGGUAGCUUAAUUUUCACUAGCCACGAUCGGUUGAGCAGCAGCUGGUCGAACUGUCGGAAUUAGAAAUUACAAUGUUCGUUGUAACGCGUUUAUACGCGAUCUCCUCGAAAUUAUUCGAAUAAAAUAAAAUGCUUCGAGAGAAAACUUA